GCUGAUCGGUCGCGUCUAUACGUGUAUAUACUAUAUACCCGUGGCUAUCUCUUUCUCAAGUUUUAAUUUGUAUGUGCAGUACAUUGCGCUACGUGUGCUUAGGUUAGGUUGUCGUUGUCUUCCGCGACUCUCUCUUUUUGUACGCAGUUUCGCUGCUUUUUUUUCUUGCUCGUUUGCUCGAGAGGCUGUCAGCUACUCAUUGUUUUUCGAUAUAGUGUAACGAGAAAAAAAUGACGGACGUGCAGAUAGACGUGUCGGGCGAAAUAGAAAACCCGUACGGUCAAAAGGAUGCUCCGCCUGUCAAUGGGUGAGGUUUUUAUCUCUCGCAGUGCUUGUGUUUACAUUUUUUUUCGAAGCUAUAUAUAUGCACAUGCCCACGAGCGGGAUUUAAUUUUUGCCCGUGUGCAAAGUUCGUUUGUUUUCAAAGGGAUUAGGUACAGCUUAGUAGCUGGUGUUGUUGUUGUGAACCUUGUCAAAACACUGAUAACAUAUGUGACUUUUCGAUAUUUUUAAAGCAUUAUUGUUGUGUAUUGAACUGGUUUUUAUUAUAGAGUUAGAUUCAUAACAUCACGUACUUAGAACCUCAGAUUUGAAUUCCCUCGGAUUCCACAACUGCCACUUGGUCAACUUGGUUAUCCUCAGGCCCAGGAAUGGAUUCAACAUAGAAGGGCAAAUGUCAGGCCUUGGUCAUUGUUCUUAAACACAAACAAUAUCAGACCCCCACCAAGCGUCACAAGACUGAGCAAACGAGUAAUGAAGAAUAUCGAAUACUUCCAGAGCAAUUAUUUUUUCGUCUUUGUUGGAUUAGUAAUAUACUGUCUGAUCACAUCCCCACUUUUGUUAUUGGCUGUUGCUGUGGCUCUUGGUACCUGCUAUAAAGUAUCUCAAAUGCAUGCAAGACAGGAGUUAAUGGUUAUGAAUCAUAAGGUUACUAUUGCUCAAGUUUAUGCAGUUAUCGGCAUUUGUUCACUUCCACUGUUCUACAUAGUUGGAGCUGGCGCUGCACUUUUUUGGGUUCUAGGAGUCUCAUGGUUUUUGAUAACUCUGCACGCAGCCUUCUACAACAUUGAUUCAGUACUGUGUCCUGGAGAAGAUGAAUUAAACUUGGUGAUGCAUGAAGUAUAGCAUAUGGAUACCCUGCUUCUUCCAAUAACCACAAGAAACGACCAAUGACUUGCUAGCAGUUUUUGAAAAAAUGGUGAAAAACUGCUUAGAAAACAAUUACAGGAGGUUUUUUAUGCAAAUGAUAUUGUUUAAUAUAAUUGAAUUUAAUAGGGACUUAAAAAAAUCAAUAUAGUAAAGUGAGUGAUAGUGGAUGAUAAAUUAGUUAAACAAACUGGAGACUUUAUACAGGAAUAUCAAUAUUACUCUCAAUGAUUAUUUGGAAAGCUUUUUUUCUUAAAUUUUAUAACUGUAUAAUAUUAAAUCAGUCUUACAAAUUUAAAGCAUCUAGCAGCUAUAUUAUAUAUUACAUACGAACUUUCAAAAAUAUAAAAAAAAAAAAAUUGUACAGUUUACAAAACUAGAAUUUAAAGGAAAUAUAAAUAAUGUAUAUAAUUAUUUAUAGGCAUGUUUUUACAAAAUUAAAUACAUGCUCUGAAUGAGUUCAAUUGAUAGCAGUGUAAAAAAUUUCUUCACCAUAAUAUAUUUUGACUAUAAUUUAAAUUAAAAGAGAUAUUAUUAUAAAUCAAUUGUUUAAAAAGCGAGACAAAAAAAUGUUUAAUAAAUCAUCUUUUUCAUUAUUUAAAAACCACUCGCUUCGUUCUUUAUACACAUCUUACAUAUAUAUGUACAUAUUACAACUGUAUAAAUAACUGUAUAUAUGAUACAUCUACUCUACAGGCGCGAGGACGAUCGAUACAGUGAAUGAUCCUGCGCGAAAUUAUAACCUCGAAAAGCAUUUCGCAUGUAUACAUUUCACAAUAUCAAUUUGUUACAUAAAACGGAUGUGUCAGUGCCGUCUCUAUUUAUUAUUAGCCGGCGAAAUUCGAGGAAAACGAUAGUUUCCCAGGAGAUGCACCGCAGCAGCUCCGGCAGGGGAAAAACGGAACACGUGGUGCUCUCAGCUUUAUUAUAGAUUUCGACGAGCAUCGCGACUAUAAUAUAAGUAGUAUUUUGUGCAUGUAUAAACAUCCACGUGAAAUCACUUGGGUGAAUAUUCGCGAGAGCAGUUCGAAGGCCGCUGCCACAGCAACCGAAGAUCAAAGUCAUCGUUGGUCUGUACAGUGUAUACCGGUGGUCAUUAUGAGUCUCGAAGAGGAAAAAACGUCGGAAAAGUGGGAGAAAGCGAGUCGACGAUUUUUUUUUAUUUUUGAGCAUUACUAAAUUUUGCGCGCGGGAUCAGCUAUUUUUAGCCGGACAAUUCCCUGCCCUGCCGGAGAGACGAGCAUGUCAAACGUCGCUGAUGGAAAAGUGUGAGGGAAGAGCGGAAUAUAUUUAUGCGAUGACCUGACCCCAAUGACUUAUUUGCACACUAGUUAAAAAUGCACGAAAUGGACCAAAACCGUAACUCGGGUAACCUGGAGUCUGAGAGCAACAGCUCCAACCAGUUACCCAGUGCUUAUUACUCAACAAGAACAAGUUUCUGCCAAGAUUCAGUGGCAAACGAAUCUCACAACGAACACGAAGAAAGUAUUUCUUUAAAAUAUGUACCUGCUAAUGGUAAUAAGAUGGAGAGGGAUGAGACCGAAGAGACUAUGUUAGAUGGUUCCUGCGAUGAUCUUGGAAAGAUCAAUAGAAAUAAUAGUGGAUUUUCAUACUAUGAUGCUGCCUCAAGUUUAUACUUUAGAGAUGGAAUACGUCCCAUUGACUUUGUCAUCGUUUGGGAUGAGUUUAAUCACGAAGCAUCCUCCUAUAGAUGUAAAGAGAUGAGAAAGACUUUUGAAAAUAACUUAGAAAACGAAGGCCUGAACCUAGAAUACGAGUGCGACGAGCCAAAUGGCCUUUGCUUCAUCAAAAUCUCAACACCUCGUGAAGUUCUGCGUCGUUACUCCGAAAUCCUAAAGUUGCGAAUGCCGAUGAAGGAAAUCAAAGGCCUGAAAAUCCCGCCAGUCCGACAGAACCACCUACUGCAGGAAGUCAACUCCUUCUUCCGUCAGAUCAUGAGCCGGUACUACGUGAACUCCGCGAUAUUCCCACCGAUGAGGCAUAAAUUCACUGCCGUCUACAGCCGUGACAAGGAGUACCUCUUCGAUACCAACUCCCCGGAUUUUUUUACUCCAGCGACUCGUUCGAGAAUAGUCCAAUUCAUCCUCGAUCGAACCAGGUUCACGAUCGACAAGGAGGACGACUUCGCUUUCGGCAUCGAGAGGCUCAUCAACGAGAAGGCCUACACCGCUGCUUAUCCGCUCCACGACGGUACAUUAAAAACUCCGGAUUCGAUGAGAUACCUUUUAUAUACAGAAUGGGCAAGCGUCAACAAAUGCUUAAAUUAUCAGCCACUAGAUUACAUAAAGGAAUACUUCGGCGUCAAAAUAGGAUUGUACUUCGCGUGGCUUGGAUUUUACACGCACAUGUUACUGCCAGCAAGUGUUGUUGGACUGAUAUGCUUUGCCUACAGUCUCUUCACUUUGUACUCAAACGAGCCAAGCAAGGAUGUCUGCAUGUCCAAUUACACCAUGUGUUCACUCUGUGACCACUUCUGUGGUACCUGGAACCUGAGAGAUACUUGCUUUCAUUCCAAGGUCACUUAUUUAUUUGACAAUCCAUCGACGGUUUUCUUCGCGGUUUUCAUGUCACUGUGGGCAACCCUUUUUCUGGAGUUAUGGAAGAAUUAUUCAGCGGAAAUAACUCACCGGUGGGAUUUAACUAGUCUCGAUAUUCACGAGGAGCAUCCUAGGCCAAAGUACUUAGCUCGACUAGCACAUGUGAAGAAGAAGUCUGUUAAUUUUGUAACUAACACUGUGGAACCAAGUGUGCCAUUUUGGAAAGUGAGACUGCCAGCUACUAUUUUCAGCUGCUCGGUUAUUUUACUACUUAUCGCAGUGGCGAUGGCUGCUGUAUUAGGUGUAGUUUUAUACAGGAUGUCGGUUUUGACAGCACUUUAUGGAUUUUCCAACAACUCUAUGGUAACAAGUUAUGCCAUACUUUUGACAACAGCCACAGCAGCAGGAAUCAAUUUGUGCUGCAUCGUUGUUUUCAAUUGGAUAUACGUCUGGUUCGCCGAAUAUUUGACUGAGAUAGAACUGCCUCGCACACAAACGGAAUUCGACGACAGUCUCACGCUGAAAAUUUAUCUGCUUGAAUUCGUCAACUAUUACGCCUCGAUUUUUUACAUAGCGUUUUUCAAAGGCAAAUUCAUCGGCUAUCCCGGAAAGUACAACCGAUUUUUUAACUCCAGACAAGAGGAGUGCGGCCCUGGCGGCUGCUUUUUGGAGCUCUGUAUACAACUAGGAAUCAUCAUGAUAGGCAAACAGGCUGUGAAUUCUAUUUUAGAAAUGCUGUUUCCAUUGUUUUACAAGUGGCUCAACACCAUUAGGGUCCACGUCGGAUUGAAAGAGUCGAAAGGGUCUCAGAAAAAUUUAUCGAGGAUGCACCUGCAAUGGGUCCGCGAUUACAAGCUCGUUCAGUGGGGACCAAGAAGCUUGUUUCCCGAAUACUUAGAAAUGGUUUUGCAGUAUGGCUUUGUCACUAUUUUCGUUGCUGCAUUUCCCCUCGCGCCAUUUUUUGCCCUAGUUAACAAUGUUCUAGAAAUGCGAUUAGACGCAAAGAAGCUGCUUACGAUGUACCGUCGCCCGGUUAGCCAGAGAGUUAGAGAUAUCGGUAUUUGGUAUCGCAUUCUAGAUUCCAUAUCGAAGCUCUCUGUCAUAACUAACGCUUUUAUCAUAGCCUUUACUUCGAACUUCAUUCCUCGGCUAGUUUACAGAAUUGUAGUCUCGGAAGAUCACACCCUCAAGGGCUUUUUGGAAAAUUCGUUGGCUAAAUUCAACACCAGCGACGACCCGUUUAAUUAUCACGAAGAAUCAACGAUCUGUCGGUAUCCAGAUUACCGAGAACCACCAGAUUCGCCAAAAAAAUAUCAGUACACGGAUCUAUUCUGGCAUAUCCUAGCUGCGCGUCUAGCUUUCGUCGUUGUCUUUGAGAACAUCGUCGCCCUAGUGAUAAUCAUCGUCAGAUGGUGUAUCCCAGAUAUGAGUCCGAGGCUCAGGGACAAGAUACGUCGAGAGGCCUAUAUAACGAACGAAAUCAUCAUUCAGCACGAGGCUCAGCGAGCUUUGGACGAGAAAGGCGGGGCUGAACCUUCAAGUUCGAAGAUGGAGACGGUCGUUCAGGAAGAGGUUGAAAAGGAUUUACCAGAACCUGUGGUCGAAAUCGUUAAGAAAGCCGAGCAAAAACGUUGGGUGCACAUGGACGAUCCAGAACCUGAAAAAGUUAAGUGGAUGCAAGACUUGCCGGUGAACCCGAGUGAUCAGCCGCCCGAGGAGCCUUACAAUGCUCGAUUCGAUUUUCACGGAACCCUGCUGCCCUUCAAAGACGAAAAUCUCACAGUGGACAAGGGUUUGCAUCAUCACGGAGAAGAGCCCGACAGGCCUGGAUACUCGCUUCAAGAGCUGCUACAUUUAAGUCGAUCAGAAGCUCAGCAACAGAGAUGCACUGCUCUAUCCACGUUGGCAAAUAUCCUGGAGAAGACUCACCUGGGCUGGUACGAUCGAGCCUUGCAGCCGCCGUUACUCGAAACAUUAAACCAGAAAAACAUCCUCCUACUGCUGAGAUUCUCUCUGGACGACACAGCCGUUCCUGUGGUAACAGCAGCUUUGCAAGCUUUAAGAGCUUUCCUGUUCAGCGAGGCUGACGAAAUGUGUUUGGAUAAGAUAUUCGGUAUUGAGGACUUUGAUGAGCCGAUCCUGAAGCCCUCGAUGAAGGACGUCGACAGUAUCGAGAACCUCAAAGAUCAUGAAUUAGCUCAGAUGGACACUGUGGCCGCUGCUAUGAGAUCCGAUAUCGUUUUAAGAAUCAGAUUUAUUCUGAGUGAAAUGCAACCACCACCAGCUGGCAUGACGGCUGCCCUGGAAAUCCUAGCGAGAAUGGCAAGACACUCUCGCGAAACUGCCUUGAACAUCGCCUGUACACCGAAUCUCCUGGACAUUAUCGUUAAAAAAUGCAUACCCCUGUCCAUGAAUAGCCAGGUGCAGGAUCGGGAUUCGAGCAAACCGUACAGUUGUUCUUUGGUCGCUGCUGUGCGGCUUUGCAGAAUUUUGAUUCAAUAUGCUGGAAGACCAGUAGUGGAGAGACUGAAAAACUUGCAGAUUAUUCAUUCAUUGCUUACGUACAUCAGCAGUGAUGCUAGUCGGCAAGAGGUUCGUCUCCACAUAGAAAGUCUGCGUCUUUGGCGCCUGUUCCUGCACUUUGGUAUCGAAACCGACAGCGUAGUUGGCUCUAGAUUGACUCUUAUAUCACAAUUAAGAUUGAUGAUGAGCACGAUGGAUCUGGAGACAGCAUCACCUCUCAAGUGCGACUACGCAGUGGCGUUAGUGGCAAUCGCUAAAUACGACGAGCCACUUAAAGAGCAUGUAGCGAUGUUGUUGGCCAAGUGGAGCACGCAGUUGGGCAAGAUUUCCUCUCCGACUUGGAACCAGACAAUACUUAUUGCUGAAAUUUUGAAAGCGUUAGAUAACGUCGCGUUUCUCCAGAGGACUUGGAUAAAGAACUCCAAAGUAUUCACCCAGCUAAGUUUUUUGAAUUGUAGCUCGUCAUCAAACUUGCUGAGUGAUCUUGAACCAGCGGUUAACAGAGACCCUUCCUCACUUCCGAGUCUCGGUGUCAUGACAUUCGAAGGCAAAUUACAGCCAGUAAUGGACCAGCAUUCACGCAUCGUCUUUCUGAAAACCGUAUUAGAAUUAUUCCUGAAGCUCAAGUGUCAGAACGAGGUGGAUCAGAUUCUUAGCAACACUAAUGUACAGAACUAUCUGAAGCGACUGAAGAGCGCUGACUGGUCCCUUGAAAGGUCUUGGUUCACACGACUGGAGUACUCGUUAUUGGUGACAAUAAUUCAAGCGGAAAGCGAACUUAAAACCAAAGCAAAAGUCAACGAUACCGUAUGGAAGAUCGCGAUAAAACUAAUAUCAGCACUACCAGCUGACUGUCCUAUGAACGUGCGCGACAUUCUUGUCUUCAGUCUCGCACCGGAACGUAUAAAUCUGCGCUUCCUCGAGAGCGGUUUCGAACGUCUCGAUCUGGGCGAAAAAUACAAAGGAGCGAUUGAGGAUAUCGAAAAUCCAAGUUUGGCCGUCAAGCUGUACGAGAGGUUUGUUAGUCCAAACGGAAGCUGGAGCGAAGCGGCGAUGCCCAAAGACUGGCUCUACUUGCCGCUCAUUGAUGCAUAUUCGAAUAUGAAGAACGAGAAGCUUUGGAAAGCCUCGAGGACAGUGGAGAUUCUGAAUUUGUUGAAGUUGGAGCUGGUCAUGCCGGAACUCACUCAGAACCUCUCUCCAAGCCUGAGGUUUAGCAGGAUGCUGCUAUUGUAUCUCUGUGAUACUCUUUUCAUCCAUCCUCCCGAAUCGGAGCUUCCACAGCAAAUCAUCGCUACAUUAGUGAGAAACAAUUACAAGAAACUCGACCUCUCAGGCGAAGUCCCGGGCCUAAACUCCUUUACAGACCUUUUCACCGCUCUCUGCGAGAACUUCCUGGCAAACUCUUAUGGCCAGGACUGCUUCGCCCAAGCGCUGCUAGUAUUCGUGGCUCAACGUUUCGAAGUCCACUACCGUAAGCUUCUCUGGUCAGAACACGCUGGCUGUCUCCAGUAUUGUCGCUUGACCUUUGCUCAGCUCAUAAUCCCCUACGAGGAAUACCUCUACCCUCUGGAGAAGAACACCUCAUUGAUCGAGGCUUACAUUACUGCGUUAGUCAGAAAUACCGUGAAGGAGGCUUGCUCGCCGGUGUUGUACAGCAUCGCUGUACAUCACGCCGCUAUGUAUCUGAAAGAGACAAACAAGCUGGCAACCGUCAUGAGGUCGAGGGUUGAGAAAUUGUUGAACGAUUCGAGGACAAGAAGCGUCGCCGAGAGAUUGUUGCAUUACGAGCCGGAUAUCAAGACGGUGGUGUGAACGUGAAAUGGCAUAGCUUAAAUGACGGAGGUGCGUUAUGUAGAGUAUUGAUUUUUUAUAUACGCGAAAAAUAAAUAAAGUAUUUAACUUAAAAAUUUA